AUGGUCAGGGAAGUCAACGAAAGCAGUGAUGAUGAUGAGGACAACACCCAGUAUGAUGUUGCCGGUGUCAACCUACAGGAACCAAGAAAACAACUCGAGGACCUGAUGAUAGACUACAUCGCUGGACAAGAAUCAGGCGACUGGACUGAAACCUGUCAAAUUGGGAGAAACAAGGUGGACUUCAAGCUUGAUUCAGGAUCUCAAGCGGACAUUCUACCAGAAGACUGUUUCAAAAACACUGGACUGGCAUUGCUUCCCAGUAAGGCAUCUCUCAAAUCCUAUUCAGGGCACAAGAUUAAGGCAUUAGGAAAGACCAUAGCCAAUUUGAAGCAAUUCCGUGAAGAAACAGCCGCGGACCCCACACUUGCGAAGGUGAAAGGUCACAUUAUGAAUGGCUGGCCUGUUGAUAAACACCACUUGACAAGUGAUGUUGGCCCAUACUAUGCAGUCCACAAUGAAUUAGUGUUCUGUGAUGGCAUUAUUUUUCUUGGCAACCGGGUUGUAGUUCCGCGAAGCAUGCAGAAGGACAUGCUUAAGAAAAUCCAUGAGUCUCACCUAGGGAUAGUGAAACUCAAACAGAGAGCACGAGCCAUUUUAUACUGGCCGGGCAUGAAUUUGCAAAUUGAAGACACGGUAGCCAAGUGUGCUAUCUGUCAGUCAAGUAGGAAAACUCAACCUGCUGAACCAAUGAUACAACAUGACAUACCUGACAGACCAUGGUCUAAACUAGGUGCAGAUGUGUUCCACUUAGGAGUGAACUAUCUGCUUGUAGUUGACUACUACUCCAAAUUUCCAGAAGUACAGGCCUUGCAAGAUCACACAGCCCAUUCGGUCAUACAUGAAUUGAAAAUUAUAUUUGCCCGCUCCGGUACACCAGAUCUGUUGAUUACUGAUAAUGCAAGCCAAUUUGUGUGCGAAGACUUCAGAACUUUCCAAAACAUGUGGGAGUUCAGGCAUGUCACGUCUAGCCCAAGGUACCCACAGAGCAACGGGCAAGCCGAGCGCUGUAUUCAAACAGUGAAAACACUCAUGAAAAAGGCUAAGGUGUCUGGCAGGGACCCUUAUAUGGCACUGCUGGAAUAUCGCAACACGCCCCUCGAUGGCACAGAGGGUUAUGCACCAGCACAAUUACUCAAUAGUCGCUUGCUCAAAAGCCGACUUCCCACUUCAUCGACUCUUCUUCAAUCACAAGUAUAG